AGCGUCCGUAGUUUCAGUUCCCAGCAACUGGUGGCAGCAGGUUGGCAUUUAAGAUGGCAGGGACAGCUCGCCACGAUCGAGAGAUGGCAAUCCAGGCCAAGAAAAAGCUCACCACGGCCACCGACCCCAUUGAAAGACUCCGACUGCAGUGCCUGGCCAGGGGCUCUGCAGGCAUCAAAGGACUUGGCAGAGUGUUUCGAAUUAUGGAUGACAAUAAUAACCGAACCCUUGACUUCAAAGAAUUUGUGAAAGGGCUAAAUGAUUAUGCCGUGGUCAUGGAAAAGGAAGAGGCAGAAGAGCUCUUCCGGAGGUUUGAUAAAGAUGGAAAUGGAACAAUAGACUUCAAUGAAUUUCUUCUUACAUUAAGACCUCCAAUGUCUAGAGCCAGAAAAGAGGUAAUUAUGCAAGCUUUUAGGAAGUUAGACAAGACUGGAGACGGAGUUAUAACAAUUGAAGAUCUUCGUGAGGUAUAUAACGCAAAACACCACCCUAAGUAUCAGAAUGGAGAAUGGACCGAGGAACAAGUAUUCAGGAAAUUUCUGGAUAACUUUGAUUCACCCUAUGACAAAGACGGAUUGGUGACCCCCGAGGAGUUUAUGAACUACUAUGCAGGGGUGAGCGCGUCCAUUGACACCGAUGUGUAUUUCAUUGUCAUGAUGAGAACUGCCUGGAAGCUCUAAAUGUAGGACCCCGGGACCGGGGCCUUGGGUAAAGCCACAUGGCUCCAAAUGGUUAAACAUCAGCCCCAGACCAGAAUCACAUUUGAUUUCAUGUUCACCCCAGCGUUUCUUUCGUGUUGACACACUACAUUUUCUAGGGCAGAAAUGACAGUAUGUACUUCACUUCUCUGAAGCUGUUUCCUUAGCUCUACUAGAGGAAUUAAAUAAAAUAAGAU